UUAUACACACGAACGAAUAAUACUAAUGUACUAAACUUUAAGUAGAACAUCCGUUGCGAAAUAGGAACAGCCCUUUAUCAGCGUGCCCUUUUCGAGUGUUUAUUACAACGAAAUGGGAUUUUGUAAAUUCGACAGUUUAAUAAAGAGGAAGAAAGACUCCAAAGAGCCAGAGAGUGAAAAUGGGGGCUACCAGCCAGCAAAGCAAGACGAUGACACAGAGGGAACCGAGUCGAGUUCCGAGUCUGGUGAUUACUCGAGAGGAGUGUGGGCUCGCAAGAUUGAGUUCAUCUUGUCCGUGAUUGGCUACUCUGUUGGGGUUGGAAAUCUUUGGAGGUUUCCUUACCUGGUGAUGCAAAAUGGAGGAGGAGCGUUUCUCAUCCCAUUCUUCUUCUUCCUGUUUGUGUGUGGAAUUCCCCUGUUUUAUCUGGAACUCUGCCUUGGCCAGUUCUCUGGGGUCAGCUGUCUCUAUGUGUGGAAGUUCUGCCCACUCUUCAAAGGUAUUGGCUACAUGAUGUUGGUGGUCUCAUUUGUCUACUGCUGGUACUACAUCAUGGUGCUGGUGUGGGUGCUGGUGUACCUCUUCAACUCCUUCAUGUCUCAAUUGCCGUGGGGACAGUGUAACCAGGCCUGGAACACCGAGCACUGCGUAACCGGGCUCGCGUCUGGAGUCAGUGCCAUGAGGAAUGUCUCAGCUGAGAGCUUUGAGAAUGAUACAACAUUUUCUGAAAGCAACAUUUCUGUUAUGUCCCAUACUGCCAGUAAGGAAUUCUGGAACCGAUACGUUCUGAACAAGUCCUCAGGCCUCGAGGACUUUGGAGGCAUUCAGAGCCACUUGGCUAUUGCCCUCGUGGUGGCCUGGGUGGCCAUUUUCCUCUGUCUCAUGAAGGGAAUCAAGAGUGCGGGAAAGGUCGUCUAUGUCACCGCCCUUCUGCCUUAUGUACUUCUGACAGUGUUCCUGGUAAAGGGCCUCACAUUGCCUGGGGCUGCAGAUGGAAUCCUGUUCUACAUCAAACCUAACUUCUCAACCCUUUUGGAUUUCAACGUGUGGGUACAGGCAGCAGUGCAGGUGUUCUACUCACUUGGCCCAGCCUGGGGAGGGCUUAUCACCAUGGCAAGCUACAACAAAUUCAACAACAACUGCCUAAGGGAUGCCUUGAUUUGCACAGCCGCUGAUGGGUUCACCAGUUUCUAUGGUGGAUUUGUCAUCUUCUCAGUGAUUGGUUACAUUGCCAAGGAGGCCAAUAUGGAGAUAAAGGAUGUCGCAACCUCGGGCCCAGGCCUAGCACUUGUGAUAUACCCCGAGGCAAUCACCAAGCUGCCUAUACCUCAGCUCUGGUCCGUGCUGUUCUUCCUGAUGCUCCUCUCACUGGGAAUUGACAGUCAGUUCGGUGUGUUUGAGACCCUGUCCAGUGGUCUGCUAGAUACGUUUCCACGGUUACGGAAGCGAAAAAUCCUGGUGACCGCCUGCCUCUGUGUCAUCCUGUUGCUUCUUGACCUGCCUUUCACUUUGAAUGGAGGCAUAUACCUGUAUCAACUUGUGGACUGGUACUUUGCAGCCUUCUGUGUUCUUAUCAUCUCAUUUCUGGAAUGCUUCCUCAUUGCCUGGGUGUACGGUGCUAACAGAUUUUGCAAUGACAUCAAGUUGAUGGUUGGUCGGCCGCCCCCUCUGUAUAUUCGUAUAUGUUGGUGCGUGUUCACCCCAGUCAUCUUGCUGACGGUGUUCCUGAUCAUGUGUUUCCAGUACGAGCCCCCAUCGUACGAUGGCUACAAGUAUCCAAUGGUGGCCAAAGUGUGCGGGAACAUUCUUGCCAUGAUCCCUGUAAUUCCCCUUCCGAUAGUCAUGAUUUAUCAGAUAGCAAAUACCCCGGGCAGUCUGUGGCAGAAAAUAAAAUUCCUCCUUAAGCCGUCAUAUGAUUGGGGUCCCCAUGUAUCCCAGUACAAACAGGGCUACGAACAGUACAUUGAGAUGCAGAAACCAUGCGGAAUGUUACAUUCUGUGCGAAAAAAUCUGCUUGGAGCAGCUGACAGCUAGAGGCAACAAUAGUUAGGAAGAAUUCGUGUUGUGAUGAUGACAUUUAAUGUGUUGCAGUGUUUUGUUAGGGCAUUAGUUGUUAGGGAAACAAUUAAUGAAAUUAGAUAGCAGUAAUAUCUGAUUGAUUAAGCUAAUUCCCAUGCCACAGUAAAGUCUGUGAUUCAUAACUAUUUAUGCCCCCGGAUCAAAUGAUUGGGGGUAUAUUGUUUUUGGCCUCUGUCUGUCAUUCUGUCUCCAAACUUUAACCUUGAGGUUAAACUUUUGCAAUAACCUUUGCAAUAUUGAAGAAAGCAACUUGAUAUUUGGCAUGCAUGUGUAUCUCAUGGAUCUGCACUUUUUGAGUGGUGAAAGGUCAAGGUCAUCCUUCAGGGUCAAAGGUCAAAUAUAUGGCUUCAAAGUGGCGCAAUAGGGGGCAUUGUAUUUCUGACGAACACAUAGCUUUGUUAUUUUCACACAAUUUGUUUUCCAGUGAUUGUGAUUUUCUGCUACAAUUUUCAGGUUGUUUAAUUUCUGUAUUGUUUGUUCAUGAUGUACGGAGCCAGUGUUGUGAAGCUGGUUAAGCAUCAUGAUUUUUCUUAAAACGAUUGCAUUUUGAUAUUAUAUUCAGAAUCUUAUAAACACUUUCCCCAUCAGAAGCAAAUGGCUUUUGCAACCAGCAUAAAACCACAACAGCCUGCAAGUAACUCGCAGUCUGUUCAGGUUUUAUGCUGUUUGCUGCUCAUCAGUAUCUUAAGGUUGGAAAUUAAGCCUUUAAUACUUGAUACUAGUAAAAAAUAUUUUAAAUUUGAUUAAAUUUUCUAAGGGACUACAAAUGGGUCAAAGUUCGUUUGUAAUGGGUAAAGGGUACACAUACAUGGUAGCUUGGAUCCUGUGUCCUCCUAGCUAUAAGAAAUUCCCCGGUUUGAUACCCACUCUGGGAGCUUUAUCUCGAGACACCAAGUAAUGGUUUUACCAUGGAAAGAGUUUCAGUAAGCCUUAGGCUUUCUAUGCAAUAAAGUAGAAAGUAUAAUCUUGGCUUUUGAUGCAAUUGAGCUAACAUAAAUACAUAUACACUAAAAUAGUAUUUUACAGAGGGGUGUGAAGUACAUGUACAUGAAACUAUGAGUAUAUUAAACACAAUUAUGUAGAUAAUUAUACAUUUUGAUUUGGCUAUUGUAAUGCAUAUCACUGCAGUGUCAGGUUUUUGUGUGUAAACAUGUCUGUGGUCAGUUUUAUUGGUGUUGACUUGCUUUGUAUUUUUAUGCCCCUCUUUGAUGGAGAGGGGUUAUAUCGUUUUGCUGGAGGUCUGUUGGUUGACCAGUUUGUUUCCGUUCAAUAGCUUGUAAACAAAUUUACCAAUUGGCUUGAUACUUACCAUGUGAAUUGGCCUUUGCAAGUAGAUGACCCCAAUGGAAAUUGGGUUCACUAUAUCAAAUGUCUAGGUCACUGUCACACUAUGAGUGAAAGUUGUUUCCAGUCAAUAACUUGUGAACGGAGGGACUGAUGGCUUGAUGCUUCCCAUGUGCAUUUGCAUUGGACAGUAGAUGGCCCCUAUAGAAAUUAGGGUCACUAGGUCAAAGGUCAAGGUCACUCUCACAAUAAGUGUGAAAAUUGUUUCCAUCAAUAACAAGUCAACACAUUGACUGAUUGGCUUGUUCAAAAGUCAAGGUCAUUGUGACAUUAAGUGUUAAAUUGUUAUAUGUUCGAUAUAUGGACAAAGGAUUGCGUGAUGGGUGUCAAGGCCCUGUUUGGUAGGCAUCUGUCUCCAACCCUUGAGCUCUUGUUUACCUCUGUUAUUCUGUGAUUAUAUGUACUGCUAGUCCUCCAAAUUUAAAGGGCAAUUCCGCUGAAUUAUUAUUUACUUUAGUCACAAUGUUAAAGUAAAGUGUCAUUAUCACUAAGUAGACUCAAAAGUUGAUUUUAAGAUUGAUAACUGUCAACAAUCCGACCUGACCUUUUUGAUGUUUUUUGUGUGAAUGCCAAGUGUAUUGUAAUAUACAAUGUUAGACACUAAGAUAGUAUAUUAUAAAAAAAUUGUAAUUCUUUUUUUCUGAGCUAUUUUUUUAAUCUUGUAAUUCAUUAUUAUAUCUUUCAUAUGUGUACUUACAUCACGAAAGUAGCUGAUAUUUUGCACAUCUUUAUUAAAAAAAAUGAUUCUACAUGACAGAGCUGUUAUUUUUAGAAUAACAUGUUCUAGAUUUUAUUGAUAUUCUUAUUGAAGCACAAUAUUUUUUGUUUUUCUUUUUGAGUCUAGAUGUUUUCCUGCUUCACUUGUGUUGUUUGCAAUUAUUGUGUACACUUUAAGUGAUUGUUUUCUUCUUAUUAUGCGGAUACCAAUUGUUUAAAGGACCACACAGGGUUGUGUUACAAUUUAAUCAUAAUUUUGAUUGUUGUUAAGAUGCUGUAAUAAAUUGAUAUGUUGUCAUUGUUUUUUGCACCAUAACUGAAUAUUUAUAGUAUAUUUAAACCUUAUGCAAAGGUGCUACAGUUCAUGAUCAUUUCAGAUACCAUUUCAAUUAUUGUGAUCAUUAUAAUUAUUGAAAACGUCUUGAGCCUUUUUAAGGUUUAUUUAAUUUUUCUGUACACUUCAUGUUUCAUUUCUGAUAACUCUAAGACCAUUUGGUGUUGUUUUUUUUCACUUAAUACUUAUAUUUCACUCAGGUAUAUAAUAGUGUUUUUUAUCUUUUGAUUACUUACUUUAAAUGGAACAUUUAAGUGUAAUUCACUCGUUUUGUAUUUCAUGUUGAAUUAUUUAAUAUUCUUUCUUAUAAUUCAGGCUGUCGCUGACCCAUUCUUUUUUUUUAAUCAUACUCUUAGUUCUUUUUUUCACUCUGUUUCCUUCAUUGUUCAUUGAAUAUUUUUUAAAUUCUCACGGUUUGUUUAUGUAAAUUAUAUCUCAGCAGAAGCCAAUGAUAUCACAAAUUGUGGUGCAAACACUUACCAUAUAUUAUUGCCAUAUAUAAAAUAAUCCAAACAACACAUUAAACCAAUAGUUAUAAAUUAUCGUGGGAAUGGGUCGAUUCUUUUUGUAAUACUAAUUUUCCUUCAUAAUUAUUAGUAUUUUUUGUGGCGUAUUUUUGUAGCAUUGGCAUACAUUAUUGUAACAUGACUGAUUGUACUGUAAUUUCUUAGUGUUUCAGCGAUGUUAGUAUUCAACUGCACAAUUCAUAUUGGCGAAUAAGUGGUUUAAAAAAUAAAUAAGAAUAAAAUAAAUAUAGUUCACACCCUGGAAUAAUUGCCAUUUGUGUGUAACAAAACACUAAACUGCGCAGUUUUUAUAUAACAUUACGAAGAACAUUGAAAGAGGUAUUUUUUCAAACAUUUAUUAUAUAUAACCAUAUUUUUUGCCUUUGGAUCUAGAAAAAAUGCAAACAUACACAUUAUUUAUUUACUUACAUGUAUUACAUUGCCUUCAUCCAAUAUACCGGGUACACCUAACUUGCAAAGUCGUUGAUAGCCAUUAUUAUUAAAUAUGAGUGAAAUUUGAGCAAGAUUUGACUAGAAUCACAUGAGUUUUUAUCCUUAGUUUUUGAAAAAUUGUGCAAAAAUCGACAUUAAUUUUCACCCAUCUUCACCAAUAUUUCACAGUUUGUCUAUGACCAAAGACAUCCUUCGGAGAGUAUAAUUUUACACUUAGUUAGUUUUUGCAUUUUUUCCCUAAAAUUAUGCUGAAAUAGGAAUUAAAUUGGACGGAUAUCGUACUUUUCAUCAAAUCCUAAUUCAACUUAGCAAGUCUUUAUAUACAACCACAUGCUUUAAGUGAAGUAUUAUACAAGCAAGAACCAAUCAGCAGCAUAAGAUUUAUUGCCAUAUGCUUCUUUCCACAAAACACUCAUAAAAAACAAUCUGUACCAAUAUUGAAUAGUUACGUAAUUAUAAAAUUUAAAAUCAAUUUACACUGACUUAUCAACAUAUCAUCAUGUAAUUUAUCAAACCUAAUUUAUGCAAAUAUAAAUAUCCCCUUUUUGAAAAGAGUAUUCGUUGGAAUCCCUUUCGAAGAUGCAGGAAUAUUCUUCAGAUACUAGUAAAAUACCCUUAUUAUCAAAGCUGGCAGAGGUAUGAGCUUCAUCUUUGAAAGAACUUGGGUGAUAACUUUUGCCCAAUCAUGACUCUUGUCAUAUAUUUUUUUGUUGGAUCAAAUGUCAGAAAAUAUCACUGCUUUCCAUUCUUAGUUGUUGCAAAAUCCGUUCUUGAGCUCUUCUUUGUAAGCCUCCUCUUUUUAGCUCACCUGAGCACAGCUUUUGUGAUCGCUUUUUGUCCGUCGUGCGCCGUCAACAUUUGCCUUGUUAACUCUCUAGAGGCCACAUUUAUUGUCCAAUCUUCAUGAAAUUUGGUUAGAUGAUUGGUCUCAAUGAUAUCUUGGAUGAGUUCGAAAAUGGUUACGUUUGCUUGAAAAACAUGGGGCGGGGCAUUUUUCCUUAAAUGGCUAUAGUAAAAUCUUGUUAACUCUCUAGAGGCCACAUUAAUUGUCUGACCUUCAUGAAACCUAGUCAGAAGAUUCAUCCCAAUAAUAUCUUGGACGAGCUCAAAACUGUUUCCGAUUGGUUGAAAAACAUCGGCGCAGGGGCGGAGCAUUUUUCCUAAUAUGGCUAUGGUAAAACCUUGUUAACACUCUAGAGGCCACAUUUAUUUUCCGAUCUUCAUGAAACUUUCCCAGAAGAUUUGUCCCAAUGAUAUCUUGGAUGAGUUUAAAAAUGGUAACCUUUUCUUGAAAAACAUGGCUGCUAAGGGGCGGGCAUUUUUCCUUAUAUGGCUAUAGUAAAAUUUUGUUAACACUCUAGAGGCCACAUUUAUAGUCGAUCUUCAUGAAACUCAGUCAGAAGAUUCAUCCUAAUAAUAUCUUGGACGAGUUCAAAAAUGAUGCCGGUUGGUUGAAAAACAUGGCCACCAUGGGGGCGGGACAUUUUUCCUUAUAUGGCUGUAGUUUUAACACUCUAGAGGUCACAUUUAUUUUCCGAUCAUCAUGAAACUUGGUCAGAAGAUUUGUCCUAAUGAUAUCUUGGAUGAGUUCGAAAAUGGUUUUGGUUGCUUCACAAACAUUGCCACCAGGGGUGGGGCAUUUUUCCUUUUAUGGCUAAGUAUGGCUUUAGUAAAACAUUGUUAACACUCUAAAGACCACAUUUAUUGUCCAAUCUUCAUGAAAUUUGGUCAGAAGAUUGGUCUCAAUAAUAUAUCUUGCUCGAGUUCGAAAAUAAUUAUGUUUGCUUGAAAAACAUUGCUUCCAAGGGGCGGGGCUUUUUUCCUAAUAUGGCUAUAGUAAAAUCUUGUUAACACUCUACAGGCCACAUUUACUGUCCGAUCUUCAUGAAACUUGGUCAGAAGAUUCAUCCUGAUAAUAUCUUGGAAGAGUUCAAAAAUGAUGCUGGUUGGUUGAAAAACAUGGCUGCCAGAGGGCGGGACCUUGUUCACACUCUAGACUAGAGGCCACAUUUAUUGUCUGAUCUUUAUGAAAGUUGGCCAGAAGAUUUGUCCCAAAAAUAUCUUGUUAUCUCAGGUAAGCGACUUUGGGCCUUUUAGGCCCUCUUGUUUAACAGAAGCCACUCGUUCUGUUUAUUUCAUGACCAUUUUAAUCGAAAAUCCAGUCAGGUAUUCCGAAAACCGUUUUUAAAAUGGCUUAUCUGUAGCUCAGUCUCCCACAGCAUGCAAUAUGGCCACAAUAGAACACGACUUUAUUCAUUACAUUCCAUUUACGUUUGAAUUGUUUUUAUGUGUUAUAUUGUACUUUUUUUAAGAAUUUAAGUUUGUUUGAUAAAAGAAGUAAAAUGGUAUUGCUUACAAACAUUUAUUUCUGAAUUAUGCAAUUUUGUAUAAUGACUGAAUUUAAACAAUUUUCUCAUAGUAUAGUAGGUUUCUUUUUGAAAAUUUCUAUCAAGAUUUUCAAUCCUUUUGAUAAAGAGAUAACGAAUAGGCCUUCAAAUAUUUCAAUAUGAGACCUAUUAUCCACUUUGUUUUCUCCUUUUUUUACAACUUUUGUGUUUCAUCUGUGGACAAUCAUGUUUUUCUUAACACUUUGCAUGCUGGAAAAUUUGUUGUCGUCUGCUGAAUUUCUUCGAUUUUUUUCAAAGAAUACUUUCAGAAUAGCGAACAGUUUGGAUCCUGAUGAGACGCCACGUUCUGUGGCAUCUCAUCUGGAUCCAAACUGUUUGCAAAGGCCUUUAAAAUUUGGUUCCAGCGCUGAAAGGGUUAAGCUUAUUAUCGUUAUUAUUAUUAUGUAUUUAGAAUUUAAUGUUACUAUGUCUACCUUUAAAAAUUAAUGUUUUUGAAGAGACAGAAACUGUGUCUCAAAACGUUAUAAGUGAUAAUAAAUGUUUUAGUUCCAUA